GCAAAGCCACCGCUGGCGAAGCACUGAAUUCAUUCAGAGGCUGGAGGAAAGGCGCCGCGGACAUGUCCGAUCCCGUCGUGUGCAGUUUUAUCACGAAGGUCCUGUGCUCCAAAGGGGGCCGCUUGGGAUUCCAGGAGCUCUUCCAGGAGGUGCAGCUCCCCGAGCAGCAGGUGCGGCAGAUCCUGGAAGAUGUGGGGCAGGAGAGAUUUGUGAUACAAAAGGAAGGGAGCUCCACCUGGGUCUUGGCCGUUUCCUCCGUCAGGGUCUGCGUUCGGAAGGAAUGUUUUUCAGGCUGCAGUCGCCUCCACCUCUGCAAGCUCUACCUCAUGGGGAAAUGCCGAACCAGAAUUUGCAAGUACUCUCAUGACAUUUUUUCAGAGGAUAACCAAAAAGUCCUAAAAAAUCAUCAACUCUCUGGCCUCAAUGAGGAUGAUCUACGUAUUUUACUUCUUCAAAAUGAUCCUUUUUUCUUACCAGAUGUAUGCCAAGUCUACAACAAGGGGGAAGAGAAAUGCAGCCAGCGAGCCAAUUGCACCAAACUUCACAUUUGCCGAUUCUUUCUUAAAGGACAAUGUAGAUUUCCCCACUGCAAGAGGUCACACAACCUUUUGGACCCAGAUACUUUGGCACUGCUGCUUGCAGAAGGGCUGGAUCAUAAGAUUGCUUGGAAUAUCCAGUCUAUCUGUGAUCACAAAACUGCAGCAUUUUGCAAAGAGUUAGGACAAUCCAAAACUUAUUCCUCAAACCCCAAGCCUACAUCAGGUGGAAGAAGAUCAGAUGCUUUGAAUUGGACAGAAUACAGACUUGAGCAAGCUUCCAGUUUACUGACUUCCAUGCAACUAGAGCCGGCUAAAGCUGUAAAAGCAGUUUCUCCUACUGAACCUCUGAGUACUGAAAAGGAGAAAAGUGAUGAGAUAUGUUUGCAUUAUGUCUGGCGUUUCUGCAAAUACAGAAAUAACUGUCCCCUGGUGCAUUGCGAUUUGCCUUAUUGCUGGCAAAAAUAUAUCGGAAAUGAUUGGCAUAAUAUUGCAGAAAACAAAGAAAUAGAAAAGGCCUAUUGUGAUCCAUCUCUUACCUGUCAUUGGAACCCAGAUAUCAAUUUUUGCUCCAUGACUAGUAAUCAUGCUCCAGUUCGGCGCCUUUCCACACCAUCAUCUGUCACCAAACCUACUAAAUUUGUAAUGACAACAAAGUGGCUUUGGUAUUGGAAGAACGAUCUUGGCCAGUGGAUUGAAUAUGGGAACCAGGAUGGACAACAUCAAGGCUCCAGUUUAGGUUCUGAUGAUCUGGAGAAUUUAUUUCUAGCAGAACCAAAUGGCACUAUUCAGUUUGAAGCAGGCAGCCAGCAAUAUGUGAUUAACUUUAAAGAAAUGACUCAGAGAAAUCUGCUAUACAAUACCAAGAGAGAGGUCCGGAGGCGCCCCAAAUUUGUUUCCUCUGAAGAUGUAAAGACAAAGAAAGGCCACACAGCUGGCCCAGUUCCAGUAUCUACUGCAGCUUCUGCAUCUCCAUUAGGUCCAGCACUAAACUAUCCUUUGGAGUGGGAUAGAUCAGCUCUUCCUGCUAUUGGCUACAAGGCUGUUGAACUCAGCAAAACAUCCCAUGAAUACACUAAAAUUGCGAAUCUCUUUCAAACGACAAUGAGCAAUUAUGUCAUCAAGAAAAUUAAAAGGAUUCAGAACCCAUCCCUUUGGCAAGUCUUUCAAUGGCAAAAAGAGCAGAUGAAGAAGAAAAAAGGAGGACAGAACGUUGAAGAGAAACUCCUGUUCCAUGGUACUAAUUAUUCUUUCUUGGAAGCUAUCUGCAAUGACAACUUUGACUGGAGAAUUUGUGGGACCAAUGGAACUGUCUUUGGGAAAGGAUCCUCAAGUGAGUAUUGUAACAGAUGCCUCCCUCCUUGGUUGGGGUGCUCAUUGUGGACAAGCCACCAUCCAGUCCAGGUGGAGUCCCACAGAAAGCUGUCACCAUAUCAAUUUCCUUGUGCUCCUGGCAAUCAAGAAAGCUUUGGUUGCCUUCCAAAACCACGUUUGAGAUCGUCACAUCAGAGUCUGAUGGACAAUACUACAGUGGUGGCAUACAUAAGCAGACAAGAGGGAGCUACUUUGCCAGAGAUGCACAGUAUUCGCACAACUACUGUCAACAUAAAGCGAAUUCAAAGGAGUUUGUUCUGUUCGUGGCUCAAGUUCUGGUUGGUGAUUCUGCUAAAGGGCAUUCAACUUACAGUCGUCCCCCAGCAAAGUCAACUGAUCCGACCAGGUGUUAUGACAGCUGUGUGGAUAAUCUGAUGGAUGCAUCCAUCUACAUCAUUUUUGAGAAGCAUCAGAUUUAUCCUGCAUAUUUGAUAUAUUAUGAAGAGGACAAGAAAUGUGUUCUGGCGUAGACAAUGCUUAACACCUUGUUGUUGCAGUGUGUUGCUGUUAUGUACCAUCAGAUUGUCUGCCACUUACGGCAGCCCUCUGGAAAGAUGCCUGUACGUCAUACGUGGCCUUCUAUUCUUCUCCCUUUGAUUUUCUGUAGCACAAAUGCCUUCUCAAGAUGUGCCCAUAGCAUGUCUGUUUUGCCAGUUUUGUUUCUGGGAUUGCUAAUUUACAUGCUCAAGUCUUUUUAAAUAAUCAGAUUUGGGGGAAGCAAUAUAAACCUUCAGAUGAAUAAGAAAUGUUGAAUCACUGUUGUUGAAGAUCGGACUCAUACUUUAUCAGUUACUUCUGUAGGAAAAAUGACAAUACCUUUGUUGUAGGCAAAGCUGUGAAACUUGCAGCAUUUCCUUUAUUAUAUAUCUUAGUGAUUUUGUAAGGGGCAAAAUAAGAGUCCCUUGAAUGUAUUGCGAUUUUUUUAAGGAUGGGUAUUAAUCCAUACAGUGAGGUAGGGCAUACUGAUACAUAUGUACAUUUUUCUGCCCUGCUAGACGGAUAUUGUCAUUGUACCAGGAAUGUUUGAAUAGUUGUAUCUUUUGAUAUUCCUGUUCACUCUGGGACAGUUAACGUUCAUGCAUAACACUUGGCCAAUUGCAAUGAUCUCUAUUAUUGGCCACACAUAUCCUGCGAAAAUUAAUCAAGUGUCAGAUAUGACAUAAGCUUUCAGUUUGUUUCAGCUAAACAAUAUAAUUUGUAUGUCUUACUGUUGUUAGUAGUAAGGCAGUUAGUAUUUAAUUAUCAGAGGUAAAGGUUUUGGGCAUAAAACUUGCCCCGAGACACUCAAGUUAAUUUCAGUAAGUGAUGAUCAUUGAAUACAUGACAACUAUACUUGGCUUUCAAUGUUCUUAAAAAAAUUACUCUCUCCUGGUUAUAUCUCUGAGAAAUGCAAAUAUUCUGUUCAUUUUUUGGCUUUUCUCAUGCUGUGGGUAGUGGAUUACAAGAUGGUGGGUGAGUCUCCUGUUUGUUUUAGAGAUAUAAUUAAACAAACUGAAAAAUUUAA